CUCACAGCAAAAUCUCCUCAGAGAAACGACACUCUCCAUAUCUCCGUCUUCGUCUUCCAAAUUUCUAAAAUUUUCCAAAAAUUAAAUACCAAAAUCAAAGGACAUAUUUGAUUUGGGUCAACCUUUGUGCUGCUUGAUGCAAUAUAUUGGAUCACAAAUGAAUUUCAAGGGCUUUGGUGAUAUGCCAAGUAUGGAUGGAAGCGGCUCAAAACCACUGGGGAAUUUCCCAUUGGCUAGGCAGUCAUCAAUAUAUUCAAUGACCUUUGGUGAGUUGCAAACCAUGGGUGGACUGGGGAAGGAUUUUGGGUCAAUGAACAUGGAUGAGCUCCUGAAGAAUAUAUGGACUGCUGAGGAGACUCAGGGCAUGAUGACAGCUUCAGCAGCUGCAGGAGAAGGAGUUGCUGCCGGUGGGAAUUUGCAGAGGCAAGGAUCAUUAACAUUGCCGCGAACACUGAGUCAGAAAACUGUGGAUGAAGUUUGGAGAGACUUGAUGAAAGGAAGUGGGGAUGUCAAAGAUGGAAGUAGUGGUGGCGGAGGACCAAAUUUGCCGCAGAGGCAACAGACCUUGGGAGAGAUGACUUUGGAGGAGUUCUUGGUGAGGGCAGGUGUUGUAAGAGAGGAUCUUCAACAACAGAUUGGAAUACCAACUAGUAGUGGAUUCUUUGGUGAUUUGUCACAGCAAAGUAAUCACACUGGUCUAGUUCUUGGGUUUCAACAAACAAAUCAGAACAAUGGCUUGUUGGUUGGCAAUAAUUCAGUCCUUAAUCAGCCACCUAGAUUAGCACUGAAUGUGGGUGAUGUCAAAUCCAUGCACCAGCGGCAACCACCACAACAACAGCAACAGCAGCAGCCACAGCUGCCCUUCCCCAAGCAAGCAAAUGGGGCGUUUGCCCCUCCUAUCCAUUUAGUAAACACCACUCAACUUGCAAGUCCAGGAACAAGGGGUUCGAUGGUUGGGAUUGGAGACCUGCCAAUGGACAAUAAAUUAGUUCAGUCUGGUGGCCUGCAGAAUGGAGGGAUGGGCAUUGCCGGGCUGGGAUCUCCUGCAAGCAAGAUAUCUCAUAAUGUCAUUCCAAAGAGUAACAUGGAUACCUCUUCUUUAUCCCCGGUUCCUUACAUGUUUGGCCGGGGAAGAAAAUGCAGUGCAGCUUUGGAGAAAGUAGUUGAAAGAAGGCAGAGGAGAAUGAUUAAAAACAGAGAGUCUGCUGCAAGGUCGCGAGCUCGUAAGCAGGCUUAUACCUUGGAAUUGGAAACAGAACUUGCAAAACUUAAAGAAUUGAACGAAGAAUUACAGAGGAAGCAGGAGGAAAUGAUGGAAAUGCAGAAAAGUCAGAUACUGGAGAAAUUUUGUCUUCCAUGGGGAGGCAAAAGGCAAUGCCUGAGAAGAACACUCACAGGACCUUGGUAGAUUACAAGUUUGUAUGGUAGAAACAGCAGUUAGUUAUGCAAUCUUGGCCAAUGGUAUGGCACAGGAAUUGGAUGUCCCUAUAUCAUUGACAUUUUAUACUGAAGAGUUUAGGUGACCUGAAUGUGUAUAGUAGCAGACGGUGUUGCUGUAAAUUAUGAACCGAAAUCAGAAUUGUACUCUUUAAAUUAGACUCUUCUGUUAUUGGGCUUUGUUCUACCUGCUUAGUAUUAUUAUGGACCA